AUGAAUAAGAUCACCCAAGAAGUGGUCGCCAUCAAGAUUAUCAACAAGGAAAACUUGUCUGCCAAGCAAGCAGCAAAUAUCAAGAACGAAAUUAAUGUCCUCUCCAAAGUUCAUCACAAGAAUGUCCUUAGGUUAAUUGAGCUGUAUAACGAGCCCAAUACCAAACAUUGCUACAUUAUAUUGGAAUAUUGUGACGGAGGUGAGAUUUUCAACAAGAUUAUCGAGUAUACAUAUUUCAGUGAGGAUCUCUCUCGUCACACUUUUACGCAAUUGCUUUCAGCAAUAGAUUAUUUGCACAACAAGGCUGGGAUAGUCCACAGAGAUAUCAAGCCAGAAAACCUCAUUUUCAAGAAGAUUCCUAUGAAACCUAGAUCAGAGGAGGAGUUUAAGAAAACGCUCAGAAAAUCAGAUGAUGAGUCCAAAUCCGACGAGGGCAUUUUUGAGCCAGGAAAGGGCGGUGGUACGAUCGGUGUUAUCAAGCUUGCGGACUUUGGCUUGGCUAAGCAACUAAAAACUGACCGCAGUCGCUUCAAUGCCAUAGACACAAAUCUAAAGACACCAUGUGGUACAGCUGGUUACACUGCUCCUGAAGUCAUCACCUGUAACACUGACGACUUGGGUCGUAAGCAUCGCAAGUUUCCAAACAAUAUAUCGAAAAAGAACUAUUAUUCCAAAGCUGUUGAUAUUUGGUCUUUGGGAUGCUUUCUUUAUACAAUUCUUUGUGGCUUUCCUCCAUUUUACGAAGAUGACCAUGAUAAUUUAACCAAGAAGAUUGUUAACGGUGACUACGUGUUUUUAAAACCAUGGUGGGAUGAGAUAAGUUCGGAAGCCAAACAUUUAAUUACAAGAAUGCUCGAUGUUAAUCCAGAAUCCAGAAUCACGAUUGACGAGAUAUGGGCCCAUCCAUGGGUGAAAAAUGAUGUGAAUGAAACUUUGGUAGCUCCGGAAAGUUACUUUGCCGAGGCAGACGACUACUCAGUUUCCCACAUUGAGAAUGUUAUCCCAGAAAAGUCUGAACAAAAAGAGGGACAUAUGAUGGUACCAUCAAGUAAAGAUCCAUUGCUCUCACCACGCGCAAACGCUAUCAAGACGGUGUUCAAUAAUCCUGCUAUGGGAAAUAGCAAGUCUAUUUUGAAGAAGUAUGGUGUCACAAAUUCGUCGGUUCAGUUCAUCGAUGGAGUUACUGACGACAUUAGGUAUCUCAAAGUGAGCCCUACAAAUAAGAUAAGCUCAUCUUCGGAUAAUGACAGUUACUUGAGCGACUCUACGAGAAGAAUAUUACCAAAGAGUCCGGUUCCAUCUAAAGAACUAAUUGGUAAAUUAGGUUUCAAGGAUGUCUUUGUACAAACUCCUACGCAAAUGACUGUACAUGAGGAACAUGCAUCGGAUGAUGAUGACGAUUCAAGCAAUGAUGAUGAAGAUGACGAGGGUGAUGAAACGUACGACAACGAUGUUGCAAGCUUGGAGCAUUUCGAGAUCAAAAAGAUAACUAGCUCAUCAACCAAUUCAUCGGAGGCCAGCUUCAAGGAGGGAUCAGAAGAGUAUCAAACACGGUCCAGUUCCAUUAUCAGUGGAAUUAAUGGAGACUACAAAUUUACUCUCAACUUGAACGAUUCCAACUUGUUGAUGCGUCGUCGGUCUUCUACUGUGCGGUCCAGCAAAAGUGGAGGCCACGGCAGGAGUUCAUUAUCACAUCAUCCUCCCGAAUUAACACAAGAGCAACACUAA